CUCUCCCCCUCAUAUUUCUUACAAACUCACUUUUUCAAACCAAUGGCUGCUUCAACAAUGGCCCUCUCCUCUCCUUCUCUUGCCGGCCAAGCUGUCAAGCUCACUCCCUCAUUGUCUAGCCUCCUUGGCGAGGGCCGAGUAACCAUGAGAAAAACCGCCGGCAGGCCCAAGCCUGUCUCAUCCGGAAGCCCUUGGUAUGGGCCAGACCGCGUCAAGUACUUGGGCCCCUUCUCUGGUGAGCCCCCAUCCUACCUCACAGGAGAAUUCCCUGGUGAUUAUGGUUGGGACACUGCAGGGCUAUCCGCCGAUCCGGAGACAUUUGCUAAGAACCGUGAGCUCGAGGUGAUCCAUUCGCGAUGGGCCAUGCUUGGAGCGCUAGGUUGCGUUUUCCCCGAGCUUUUGGCCCGCAAUGGGGUCAAGUUCGGUGAAGCCGUUUGGUUCAAGGCCGGGGCCCAAAUAUUCAGUGAAGGUGGGCUGGACUACUUGGGGAAUCCAAGCUUAAUCCAUGCUCAAAGCAUUUUAGCUAUUUGGGCCACACAAGUGAUCUUAAUGGGUGCGGUUGAGGGCUACCGUGUUGCCGGUGGGCCGCUCGGUGAGGUGGUAGACCCAAUAUACCCAGGAGGAAGCUUUGACCCAUUGGGCCUUGCAGAUGAUCCAGAGGCUUUUGCUGAGCUUAAGGUAAAGGAGCUUAAGAAUGGGCGACUGGCCAUGUUUUCAAUGUUUGGGUUCUUUGUUCAAGCCAUUGUGACUGGGAAGGGACCCUUGGAGAACCUGGCUGACCACUUGGCCGACCCUGUUAACAACAAUGCUUGGGCAUAUGCCACUAACUUUGUCCCUGGGAAGUGAGAGAGAGAGAGAGAGAGAGAGAGAGAGAGAGAGAGAGAGAGAGAGAAGCUCUUGGGACUAAAAUUAGAUUGUUGCUACUUGCUAGUGAUGUAAGCCAAUGGAGAAUAUUUGUGAACUUGGGUUUUAAAAAGAGCACAAUUUUUCUUUC